GGUCAUCGGAGUAAACAGAAAAGAUGGCGACGCCAUACACCGGAGAUCGAGUUUUAGGGACAAAUGUGGUUACCUCAGGACGUUUCGCCAAGCAGCUGAUCGAUUUACCAGCGGAGAUAUUAGAGCAUAUACUGUGCUUCCCCGUUUUAAACCCUGUCGACAUUUGCAACGUUUCCAGGACGUGCAAGAGGCUACAUGACGUGUGCCAUGGCAGGGGAAAGGUCUGGGCUCAUCAGUACAAACUCAGAUGGCCCAGACUGCAGAGGUUUUAUCGGACGAACGAAUCAUAUGAUUGGCUGAAGGAAUUCAAGACCCGGCACACGGUUGGUCAACAGAUAAGAAGAACGGUAGAGUCCAUUUCCAAAAGGUUCUUCACUGAAGUUCCUUGCAUCGGUCAGGUUCUUGGAGACAGUUUUGCAGAAAUCGAGUCUCUCGGAGCCCCUGAACACUUCUGUGAGGACGAGCUGCUUGGCAUCUUGAACUCGGAUAAAAGGAAGACUUUGACACUUAAAUACUAUGCAAAGAAAAUCCUGUACUUCUUCCGACAGCAGAACAUUUUGAGGAAUUUGAAAGUUUUCCUUGAGCGACCACCUGAACAACAAUCAGCUCUGGAGGGUGCUGUUUUGGUGGACCAGUAUUGCAACCCUCUGACUGACGUCACUCUUGAGAGCAUAUCUGCACAGGUUGAGGAAAUCACAGACAAGGUGAAGAAGUGUCUGCGAGCGCAAAACGCCACACACCCAAGUCUACGAGCUGGUCAAGGCGAAUGCUUUGUUCUGGAAGACUUUGAGUUUCAAAGGCAAGUCAUCUGUGCUGUUAACGCUGUGCUGUAUGAGCAGUUACAGUACAAGGGCAAUGAACGAGACUACUACAAUCCACUCAACUCAUACAUACAUCAGGUGCUGCUCCGCCGCACUGGCAUUCCCAUCAGCCUCUCUGUGCUCUACAUGACUCUGGCCAGGAAAUUAGGAGUCCCUCUGGAGCCCGUCAACUUCCCCAACCAUUUCCUGCUGCGCUGGUGCCAAAAUCAAAGGAGGUGUGGUGACAUCUACGACUAUAUAUACAUUGAUGCAUUUGGGAAUGGGAAGCAGCUGGCUGCUAAAGAGUGUGAGAUUCUGAUCAAACACCAGGCGACAGCAGAUUACUACAGCGCUAUAAGUACCAGCGAGCUUCUGCUGCGGAUGGUGGGAAACCUGCUAAACAUCGGCAUGAGAGGGGAAGGGAACGAGAAAUCAUAUCAGCUCCUGCGGGACUCUCUGGAUCUCUACCUCAGUAUUAACCCUGAUAACGUGCAGUAUCUUCUGCUACAGGCCCGUCUCUACUUCCACCUGGGCAUCUGGCCAGAGAAAGUGUUGGAUAUUCUCCAGCACAUCCAGGCUCUGGACCCGUCUCAGCACGGAGCGGUGGGAUAUCUGGUGCAGCACACGCUCGAGCACAUCCAGCAUAAGAGACAUCCAGUGGAGCCGGAGGUGAAGAGACGCAGCGCUCCUGAACACAGAGACGUUCAGUUCUCCACAGGCCUCAUCAUGAAGCAUAAGAGGUCUGGCUACAACUGUGUUAUCUAUGGAUGGGACCCUAAAUGCACCAUGAGUCAGGAAUGGAUUAACACUAUGAGGGUCCAUCAGCUGUCUAAAGGGGCUGAUCAGCCGUUCUACAAUGUCCUGGUACAGGACGGGACCUGCAGAUACGCUGCACAAGAGAAUCUGGAGCCUCACUCUGCGCCACUGGAAAUCGCUCACCCUGAAGUCGGCCGCUACUUCAACGAGUUUUCUGAAACGCACUACAUCUCUAAUGAAGAGCUGCAAGCGCGAUACCCAGAAGACAUGUGCAAAACCCACAGGACAGUAGAGGAGCUUUACCACGCUCUCACCCCAAACUCAGGCCAGUCACCAGAGCCCACCGCCAACUUCCAGGACCACGAUCUGUUAGAUCCCUAGACCAGCACUCAAAUGUUCAAACUACUUAUCUAAAAUGAGCAGAAACAACACAAUUCUUUUUUUCGUGGACAACUCAAUUGUUUUAUGUUCAAUCCACUAACAUUUGUAAAAAGAAGGAAUAGGUUAACUUAAUUCCUUCAUGUUGCCCCAACACAAAUUGAUUGUGUGGAACCCGGCAUUUUUACAGUGAGAAUAAAUGCAGAACAUAUCCACUUUCUUUUAUCAGAACAUCUAAUAGGAGACCCGAUUUCAUAAUUGAAGGCGUUGUUAAAGGGACAGUUCACCCAAAAAUUUUAAUCCAUGUCAUUAUAUGAUAUUACGCAUCAAUUUUCAUUUUCUGUGGGUCUUGGUUCACGAUUUAAUUACAGAAGAGUUAAUCUUUCAAUAGGAAAAUGAUCAAUGAUCUCUUUUUUUUUUUUUAGCAAGAUGCUAAUGGUCUAAUCUGAUUCAAUGAUCUAUGCUAAGCUAAGCUAAAAAUGUUCCCACCACAUCAGUGAUGAGCCAACUUAUUCCUCCAUAUUGCCCCAACACAAAUCGAUUGUGUGGAACCCAGCAUUUUUUACAGUGAGAAUAAAUGCAGAACAUCUCCACUUUCUUUCAUAAGAACAUCUAAAAGGAGACCUGAUCUCAUAAUUAAUCUUGAAAAUCAGCAGCCAUUCCACAGUGUUUUUUUGUUUCCUUCUAUGAAUGUUAAUGGCUGCUGGUUUCCAACAAUCUUCAAAGUAUCUUCUUUUGUGUUCAUCAGAAAGAAAUAAACUCAAACAUGUUCGCAGAAAGAAAAAACAAACUCAUGAAAAUUUUGAGGGCAAGUAAUUUUUCAUUUUUGGAUGAACUGUCCCUUUAAAAGCAACAAUUCAAUGCUUUUUGGAUUUAGACUCAUUAAGCUCACGAGAGUUAAACAGUUGAGUUUUACCAAUUUUUUAUUCUAUUCAGCUGAUCUCCGGGUCUAUCAGGUGCACUUUUAGCUUAGCUUAGCAUAGAUCAUUGAAUUAGAUUAGACCAUUAACUUAGUUUCUAUGAUUUUUUUUAUUAUUAUUUAAAGCUUGACUCUUCUGUAGUUACAUCGUGUACUAAGACUGAUGAAAAUGAAAAGGUGCUUUUUUCUAGUCUGAUAUGUCUAGGAUCUAUAUUCUCAUUCUGGCGUAAUAAUCAAGAAAUUUUUUUGCCAUACCAUGGCUGCAGCAAGCGCAAUGAUAUUAUGCAUCAAUUUUCAUUUUCUGUUGGUCUUAGUUCACGAUUUAAUUACAGAAGAGUCAAUCUUUUAAUAGAAAAAUGAUCAAUGAUCUCUUUUUUUUUGUUUUUGAGCAAGAUGAUAAUGGUCUAAUCCAAUUGAAUGAUCUAUGCUAAGCUAAGCUAAAAAUGUUCACACAAGAUCGGUGAUGAGCUAACUUAAUUCCUUCAUGUUGCCCCAACACAAAUCCAUUGUGUGAAACCCGGCAUUUUUACAGUGAGAAUAAAUGCAGAACAAAUCCACUUUCUUUAAUCAGAACAUCUAAUAGGAGACCCAAUUUCAUAAUUUAAGGUGUUGUUAAAGGGACAGUUCACCCAAAAAUGAAAAUCCAUGUCAUUAUAUACUCAGCCUCCACUAUUGGCCACAAAAGAAGUACCUUUGAAGAAAACAAAAAGCACUGUGGAAGUCAAUGGCUGUUGAUUUUCAACAUUUUUCAAUGUAUGUUAAUGGCUACUUCCAACAUUCUUUAAAGUAUCUUCUUUUGUGUUGAUCAGAAAGAAAAAACUCAAACAUGUUUGCAGAAAAAACAAAAAAAGCCUCAUGAAAAUGUUUUGAGGGCAAGUAAGUUUUCAGUUCUAGAUGAACUGUCUCUUUAAAGCAAUACUUUAAAGUUGAGUUUGACCAUUUUUUAAUCCAUUCAGCCAAUCUCUGGCUCUAUCGGGAGCACUUUUAGCUUAGCUUAGCAUAGAUCAUUGAAUCAGAUUAGACCAUUAGCAUCUCACUAACAAUGACCAAAGAGUUUCUAUAAGUUUCCUAUUUAAAGCUUGACUCUUCUGUAGUUACAUAGUGUACUAAGACUGAUGGAAAAUGAAACUGCUUUUUUCUAGUCUGAUAUGUCUAGGAUCUAUAUUCUCAUUCCGGCGUAAUAAUCAAGAAAUUUUGUUGCCAUACCAUGGCUGCAGCAGGCACAAUGAUAUGCAGCAAUUUUCAUUUUCUGUUGGUCUUAGUUCAUGAUUUAAUUACAGAAGAGUCAAUCUUUCAAUAGGAAAAUUAUCAAUGAUCUCUUUAUUUUUAUUUUUUUUAAUUUGAGCAAGAUGCUAAUGGUCUAAUCCGAUUCAAUGAUCUAUGCUAAGCUAAGCUAAAAGUGUUCCUGCCAGAUUGGUGAUAGGCUGAAUGGAUUCUAAAAUGGAGAAACUCAAUUGUUUAACUCUAGCAGAGCUGUUAAAUGAGCCCGUUUCCAAACAAAGUGGAGUCUUUAGUCGUAGUUUUUCACUAAUUUGUUAACUUAUGGUCCUAGAUCAGUUUCCCAGGCAAUUUUGACCCAGAGCUGCAAAUGUAGUCUGAGCUGAAAGAAACUAAGAGUGUUGUUUUUGAGUGGUGUACAAAUGAUGUUACAGUAUUCAUACAAAUUUAGUUACAGUAAUCGUGCAGAUACCAAACUUACUCUAGAUGUACAGACUAUUUAAACUCACACUACAGAGGGUCUGAAUAUUCAGUUAAAUGUGUUGAUGAUCAAUGUCAGGCCAUCAUUAAUAACUGAACUAAUGCACUAAUAUGUUAAUAAACACACUUAACGUGAGGAACAAUGUCUGACACUGUCACCUUGAAAUAUUUUGUAAUGUUUACUUCAGAAUUAUCUAAAUGAAACCUGGAGAUCAAGAGAUCGAAGAGUUCUUGACUCGUAGUGGUUGUAAAUACAGAAGUAUUGAGAAUAUAAGAUAAUGAAUCACAAUAAAAGAAGAAGCCCUA